AUGCAUCGCCCUACCUUUGUCGUCCUAUUGAGCAGUGCCCUGGUGGCAUGGGCCAAGACCCCCGAGGGCUUCGAGCCCGCUUCCAACGUCGACCUCAUUGUUGCAUAUGGUGAGACGUCGGGUCUUAAUGGCGUGGAUCUGGCCAAAAGCCUCACGCAAACGGAGCCUACAGUUGGCACGACCGAACCCUUGACCGGAAAAAGCUACGCAAUUAUCAUGGUCGACAUCGAUAUUCCUACCGCGAGCCCUCCGACUACCGGCACCUUCUUGCACUGGGCUCAGGCGGACCUGACGCCAGCCGCGCAAACCACUACUGUCAAGCUGAACGACGGCGAGCGCGUCAUCCACACUCUGACAACCACCUCAAACGCAAUUGCGGAUUACAAGGGCCCCGCACCUCCAGCAAGAGUUCCCCUUUCGCACCGGUAUAUCGAGCUGCUUGUCGACACGAGCGACAUCACGGCAGACGGAACGGCUGCCCUGCAGACGCUCUCAACCCGCGGGGGUGUUGAUGUCAACGCUGUGCUUACCACCGCCGGAUUAGCCAACAAGGUGGUAGCCGGAAACUUCUUCACUGUCACCAACCCGGGACCUGCAGCGAACGCGAAGAAGAGCAAUUCCACCACCACCGCUCCCACCGGUGCUGUAACACCGUCCAAGGUCCCCUCUGGCAUCUCUUCAGGACACAAGUCGACGAGUUUCUCAAAUAAUGUGCUCCUGACCGCAAUGGCAGCUGGUCUUCUGAGCGCAUUUGCUAGCGCAAUCUAAGCAAAGGCGCGAGUUUCUCAACGACAAAUCUUGUCAAGUGCUGGAAGCUUGACUCUUCUGAGACCGGCUUUUCCAUGACGAGAACGCGCGGCGCAGGAUCCGCCUCUUGUUUCUGGACAGGUUGUCGUCUCAAGUAAUGAAUACAAUAAUACAAGCUCAGUUUCAUCUCAUCUCUGAGCACUCAUCCCCUGUUUCACAACGCCUAUGACAUUGACACUGCGACCUUGGGAGCACAGACGGCCGAAGUGGGGCCGUGGUGGGCCGGAAAUGCCGGACAGACACCGCUCGAUCUCGGGUCUUUACUCCUUGUCUGAUCAACAAGACUCCAAGGCUUUUCCUGCCUGUGAAGUCUCUUUGAAAUGGGCACUAGCUUUCGCGAGUCCCUAUGAAAAUAAUGGCAUCUAAUCACAAACAUCUUG